AUGUCCAAUUACAAACCAGCAACCCUUCUUGUUACCCCUUCGAAAGCAUCCACUAUCGUUGUAUCUGCUAGUGGAUUACCUGCCAUGUCGCACAACCUGCCAGGUCGUGCAAGCUUAAAUAUCAUCCUUUCAUUGGACACUCAGAUGGCUUCUCCUCCAUAA